CUUCUUGUUGCCAACUUCAGUGGUGUGUCAUGGAAUUCAAUCUGUCCAUGGCAUGGGAUGCAACUACAACUUUAGCAGCAUUGUUUACUGUUGUUGGUCAUCAUUCAUCAUUCACAAGUUUGUUCUGGUAGCAUUUUGAUAUUUAUCAUGCAUGAUUCUGUUUUAUGCCCACAUAGGUUUAUCUUCACAUCAGUCUCUGAAUAUGCAAUCCUCAGAACGGAGGAUUUGACACCCAUUAAUGCAAAUUUACAUCUCUGCUGACCAUAUAUGCUGCAGUUGUGUGAUUUAAACCAGUAGCUACUCUUCUCUAUUUACUGGAAAUGCAUCAUUGAGGUUCUUAAAUCCUUGUUUUGUGCAAUUCCUUCUGUGCCAAUCUCGAUUGAUUUAUUGUUGUGAUAUUAUGACUUAUUAUGAUUCUUAGAUAGUCUUGCAUAUUUUUAUUUGAAUAUGAUUAGAGAUAUUAGUCCUAUUGAAUUUUAUAUCUUAUACGUCGCUUUUUGUAAUAUAUCUUUUUGUUCUUUUGGAAAAAAAAGUAUAAACAUUUGGUGUGAGAGGCAUUCAUAGUAUCUCCCAGAAAUGGAAACUCGACUGUUAGAUGGAGUAUCUAAAAUUUCCGGGAUAAAUUGUCCCCAUAGAAUAAAUUGCAGAAUCUUAAUGGCUUCCUUGUGGGUUGACCACACAGUGAUCUACCAUAUAAGCACAGCCUCUUUUGUCAAGAUCAUGAAUCGUCAACCCUAAUUACCGCUCCUAAAUAUAUCAUUGAUCCUUACAAGGAAGUUAUUACACGCCAAAAGAUACCUUCUUCUCGGAGCCUCCAUCUCCCCCCAAAGGCUCUCUAUAAAGUCCUCCCACUCAUUAUGAGGCGGCCUCGUCCCAUGCAAUGGCUCUCGCUACGCCUUUCCUCUCCCUCCUCCUCUGCCUCUGUGCCGCCUCCCUCCUCUCCCCCCCGUUUGCCGAUGGCUCCGACGAGCUCAAAGUCUAUAUUGUUCACGUCAAGCACCCGGAGGGCGUGACCUUCUCCGACGCUGCACAGUGGUCGGACUGGUACUCCUCCCUUCUGCAGAGCGCGGCUUCGACGUUGGGAGUCGAGUCCGAAGAAGAUGUCGCAGCCUCGCGCCUCGUCCACUCCUACCACAACGUCAUGACCGGCUUCUCUGCCUUUCUCACCGAGAUGGAGGUGGAAGCCAUGUCGAAGCUGGAUUGGUUCUUGCAGGCCUAUCCGAGCCGUGUUUACCGCCUCCACACCACCCGCAGCCCCACCUUCCUGGGGCUGAGACGCCGAAAACAUGGCGUGUGGAGAUCGUCUAACAUGGGCGAAGGAGUCAUCAUCGGCGUCCUCGACACUGGCAUAACACCCGGCCACCCUUCGUUCGACGACUACGGCAUGCCGCCGCCGCCGGCCAAGUGGAAGGGCCGCUGUGACCUGAAUGCGUCGUUUUGCAACAACAAGCUCAUCGGUGCGAGGUCGUUCGUCAACUACGAUGGUCGCAAGCGGCUGUCGAAUGUGAGUGUGGUCGACGCUGACGGGCACGGCACGCACACAGCGAGCACCGCCGCCGGGGCGUUCGUGAAGCGCGCCAACAUCUACGGGCUGGCCCGGGGCUUGGCGUCCGGGAUGGCGCCGCGCGCGCACCUCGCCAUUUACAAGGUGUGCCUCGAGUCGUGUGCGAACUACGACAUAUUAGCCGGCAUGGAUGCCGCGGUCGGCGACGGCGUCGACGUGCUCUCCCUCUCCCUCGGUGGCGAUCCUGUUCCUUUCUUCGUCGACGCCAUCGCGCUGGGUGGCUUCAACGCCAUCAGCAAAGGAGUCUUCGUCAGCUGCUCGGCCGGCAACUCCGGUCCGGAUCAUUACACCGUGUCCAACGACGCGCCGUGGUUACUCACGGUUGGCGCGAGCACCUUGGACCGGACCUUCCGAACCACCGUAAAGCUCGGCGACGGACAAGAGUUCGACGGCGAGUCGAUGUACCAGCCAUCGAACUACAAGUCCAAAUUGCUACCUCUGGUUUACCCUGGUCUGAUCACCGGCAAUAGUGACACCGCUCUCUGCAUGAAUGGCACACUGGAUUCCGUCGACGUCCGCGGAAAGAUAGUGCUGUGCGACCGCGGCACCAAUGCGAGAGUCGAGAAGGGACAAGUCGUCAAGAAAGCCGGCGGCGCCGGCAUGAUCCUUGUGAACGAUGCGCUGAACUCGUAUAGCACCAACGCCGACCUCCAUGUGCUCCCGGCAUCGCAUCUUCCCUACUCUGCUGCGGCUAAGAUCAAGGUGUACAUCAACUCCACCUCCGCCCCGACCGCCGCCAUCAUCUUCAAAGGCACCACUACGCGUGUACCCAACUCGCCCGCCCUGGCCUCGUUCUCCUCCCGCGGGCCCAGCCAGAUCACGCCGGGGAUUCUGAAGCCAGACAUCCUCGGGCCGGGCGUCAACAUCCUCGCCGCGUGGAACACCCAGAAGUUCAACAUGAUCUCCGGCACCUCCAUGUCCUGCCCGCACCUCUCCGGCAUCUCCGCGCUGAUCAAGAAAGCACACCCGGACUGGUCGCCGGCCGCGAUCAAGUCGGCCAUCAUGACGACCGCUCGCCCGAAGGACAACAGACAGCAACCGAUCUUCGACGAGAAGCACGUCCCGGCCGACCUGUUCGCGGUAGGCGCUGGCCACGUCGAUCCGCAGAGGGCCAUCGACCCAGGUCUCGUCUACGACCUCGCACCCGGCGACUACAUUCCUUAUCUCUGUGGCAUGGGCAUCAAGGACGAGUCCGUUAGCGCUAUAGCCCGCAAGAAGGUGAAUUGCUCGUCUGUGAAGAGCAUCACAGAGGGAGAGCUGAACUAUCCUUCCAUCACCGUCACUUUGCCGGCGAACAGCUCCAAGUGGAUCAGCUACACGCGGACCGUGACCAACGUCGGGAAUCCGAUGACGGAGUAUUCGGUACGGGUGGACGUGGCGAAGGGAGUGACCGCGAGGGUGCAGCCACCGAAGCUCUACUUCAAGGAGGUGAACCAGAAGCAGAGCUUCAGCAUAAGCUUCAGGAGGAACGGAGGUGCGUCGGGCGCAGUGGAGGGGCGACUGAGGUGGGUGUCGAGGGAGCAUGUGGUUAGGAGCCCAAUCUCCAUCGUCUUGGAGUAAUCCAUGCAUGCAUGCAUGCACGAAGCGUAUUCCUUUUUCUUUUUGGGGGGUAGAUUUGAUGGACUUUAAUUGCA